CUGUCAUAUCGACCGUCCUGAGGAGCCACGUUGAGAAUGGUCCGGAUAGAGGGUACUCUGUCUAGCGAUUUGGACUCGUGUGUUCGGAACCCGAAUAAUUAGGCGGCACUUGGAAAAUCCCCGGGUUCAAGUCAACCAACGCCCUAUUGUUCUCAGAGGCUCGGCACGAAAGCCAGGCACCGGACCUCAGCUGCGGCUUUGAAAUCAAACACCUAUUACUUAGGCUGCUCACAGACACCCCUCUCUCACCAUCAUGGCGCCUCUUAUCACCAGGGUGCCCGGCAUGGAUGACCUUCCCGUCAUGAGGCAGCAAGAGGUCAUCCUGGUCGUGAUCGUCUCCUGCUGCAUCGUCAUGUUCUGUCUGGUCCUCGCGGCCGACCGACGGACGAGCCGGCAGCCGGCCCCGAUGUCGCAAUCGCCUUCCCAGGAAGGAGGCGGCAGCGGCAGCGGCAGCGGUAACGGGCCCGGUGCCAAGAGCGAGGGCAGGCGCGCCGCCGGGCCGUCCGAGACCACCCCGUUACUCUCCCCCGAGUCCACCCUCCUCGGCUCCGGAUCGUCUUCGAGCUUGAGCGCUAAACGGUCCGACAGCACCGACUCUUGGUCCUCGACGGCCACGGCGGCGGCAACGGAUGACUCCCAGACAGAAACAUCAUCGCCCUUGGCAGAUGAUCAGGGGUUUUCGUUGGUCUAGCACUGCUAUGAUCAGACUUCCUCCGUGUUACCUUUUUUUUCCAUCAAAUGUGUAAUUAUUAUUUGACGCAGCAAAGCAGCAAACGGUUUUUGCAACAGUCUCCGUAACUCCAAUGUCCGACUUCUUCUCUCCAGUUCCCACACGAAGCGUAUGAUAAUUGUUGGGGAUAUUAAUCAGUGGCUUUUGGACUGAAGGAGGCUUGAAGUGAGGCGUGGAAGGGGAGCCGCCGCGGAGGGACUCGCCGAGGCAACA